CAGGACGGAUUGGACGAUUUACCAGCCCCGUCCGACCUUCUGUCCUUGAGUCCCCUCCCCUUCCUGCCCCCCCUACCGAGGGAGCUCCCACCAGCCCCCAUGAUGAAAGAGGAGGGCCUGCUGAGCCAUCGCCGCUUCUCCACGUGCGGCGGGACAGCGUCACUCCGACCGCCACAUCCGGAUGGACGCAAACUCAUCCGCAAUGCCUCCUUUGGGGGUUAUAACGACCUGUCACCCAUGUCCCUGCCAGGAUUUGAGAGAGGGAAGGAGGACCUCCUGCCCCUGCCUUUGAAGGAAGACUCACAUUCUAUAUCCAAAAGCAAGUCUGAAACAAAGCUGUACAAUGGUUCAGACAAGGAUGUAUCGACGUCUGGAGGAAAGCUCACCAAGAAAGAAUCCCUCAAGGUGCAGAAAAAGAACUACAGAGAGGAAAAGAAGAGGGCAACAAAAGAGCUGCUCAGUACCAUCACUGAUCCGUCUGUCAUUGUCAUGGCCGACUGGCUGAAGAUCCGUGGCACUCUGAAGAGCUGGACAAAGCUGUGGUGUGUGCUGAAACCAGGCGUCCUGCUCAUUUAUAAAACGCACAAAAACGGACAGUGGGUGGGGACGGUGCUGCUCAAUGCCUGCGAGCUGAUUGAGAGGCCCUCCAAGAAGGACGGCUUCUGUUUCAAGCUCUUCCACCCGCUAGAGCAGUCCAUAUGGGCUGUGAAGGGUCCAAAAGGAGAAGCAGUGGGUUCCAUUACACAGCCAUUACCCAGCAGCCAUCUCAUCUUCCGCGCUGCUUCGGAGUCUGAUGGUCGGUGCUGGAUGGAUGCCUUGGAGCUUGCACUGAAAUGCUCCAGCUUGCUGAAGAGAACCAUGAUCCGUGAGGGAAAGGAGGACAUGAGCACAGUAACCACUAGUGGUGAACACUCGAUUAAUUUCUACAGCCUCCUUCGAGCCCACAACAUCCACGGCUUCCAGUUCAAUGACAGCGACCAUUUGAAAGACCCAGAUCUGUACUCAGACAAGUCAGACAGGGAGGGAGAGCAGGACCAUGAAGAAUCUGACCCGGAAGGCCUAGAGGAGAGUGACAGCGACACAUCAGAGCGCCAAGAUGACUCAUACAUUGACCUCGAUCCCAAUGACCAUUUGCGGGAAACCCUCUACCUUGAACAGUGCCAUGAAGAACUAGGAGAGGCUGGCGAGGCUGCCCAGACUGAGACGGUAUCAGAGGAAAACAAAUCUCUCAUCUGGACCUUGCUGAAACAGGUCCGACCCGGCAUGGAUCUGUCCAAGGUGGUGCUGCCCACCUUCAUUUUGGAGCCAAGGUCGUUCCUGGACAAACUUUCCGACUACUACUACCAUGCCGACUUCUUGUCAGAAGCUGCCAUCGAAGAGAACGCCUACAACCGGAUGAAGAAGGUGGUGAAGUGGUAUAUCUCUGGGUUUUACAAGAAGCCAAAGGGCUUGAAGAAGCCGUACAACCCUAUCAUUGGCGAGACAUUCCGUUGCAUGUGGCUGCACCAGAAGACCAACAGCAAGACCUUCUAUAUCGCAGAACAGGUAUCCCAUCAUCCUCCAGUUUCAGCCUUCUAUGUCAGUAACAGGAAGGAUGGAUUCUGCCUCAGUGGUAGCAUCCUUGCCAAGUCCAAGUUCUAUGGAAACUCCCUGUCAGCCAUAUUGGACGGGGAAGCGCGGCUGACUUUUCUCAACCGCGGAGAGGACUAUGUGAUGAACAUGCCAUACGCCCACUGUAAAGGCAUUCUGUAUGGUACCAUGACCCUGGAGCUGGGUGGCCAGAUUACCAUUGCAUGUGAGAAGACAGGCUACAGCGCUCAGCUGGAGUUCAAACUGAAGCCGUUCCUGGGCAGCAGCGACAGCGUCAAUCAGAUUUCUGGAAAGAUCAAGCUCGGAAAGGAAGUGUUGGCCACACUAGAAGGACACUGGGACAGUGAGGUUUUCAUGAAUGACAAGAAGACGGGAACAGUAGAGACUUUCUGGAACCCAACACCAGACCUGAGGCAGAGUCGACUGAUCCGGUGCACUGUCCCACCAGAGGAGCAGGGCGACUUUGAGAGUGAAAGACUGUGGCUGCAUGUGACCCGGGCCAUCAACAACAAGGACCAGACGGAGGCAACCAAUGAGAAGUUCAUUCUGGAGGAAGCUCAGAGGAAGUCGGCCCGGGAGCGGAAAGCCAAGUGCGAGGAGUGGCUCCCUGCGCUGUUUGAGCAGGACGCGGUCACCGGAGAGUGGCAUUACCGAUAUGCCGACACAAGACCGUGGGAUCCGCUCAACGAUAUGAUCCAGUUUGAAAAAGAUGGCUGCAUCCAGACCAAGGUCCGACACCGCACCCCUAUGGUGACGGUGCCAAAGAGGAAGCACAAGAACGACAAGCCCAAGAGCCCAGAAAGUGGCUGCUCCUCACCUGAGCCUGACCGUCAAGACUCAUCUGGCAGCGAACGACACAAAAGCAAGCACAACAGUCGAUUGCGGAAAAAAGGAGCUGACCUCAGUGAACUUCAAAGUGCCAUUGACUCUAUAAAACAGACGCAGGAGGACAUCAACAGGAGCAUCAGCAUGCUGCGGAGCCGGACCACAAGCCAGACGGAGGGUGGCUCCUUCCUCCAGCAACGCGACUACAUCAUCAUCUUAUUCCUCAUCCUCCUUCAGGUCCUGAUCAACUAUGUAUUUAAGUAGCAGCCACACUGAACCCCCCCCCCCCCCCCCCCCCCCUCCCCACACACACACACACACACACACACACACACACACACACACACACACACACACACACACUCUGGACUGUGGGCGUCACAAUGCAGAAACUCGAACUUGACUCGAUCAUUUCUCAGCCAGCGAGCAUGAGCAGUCACCUCUAGCUCUCUUCUUAAACUUGUUUGUCGUCUUUUCUGUGUUAUUCAAUUUAGCUACACGUCUAAAAAAAGGGGGAGGUUCCAACACAACGCAAGAGACUUUUGAAAAAAAAACAAAAAUUUUAACAGGGUUGAUUCCGAAACACUCAAGAGGUCCACAGAUUUCAAAAGUGCAAGGAACCAGUGAAAAGGAGUCUUGGAUCGUGGGUGACAUUAGUUGAUUGGUUGGUUGGUUGGUUGGUUGGUUGGUUGGUUGGUUGGUUGGUUGGUUGGUUGGUUGAUUGAUUGAUUGAUUGAUUGAUUGAUUGAUUGAUUGAUUGAUUGAUUGAUUGAUUGAUUGAUUGAUUGAUUGAUUGAUUGCCUUUCUUUUUAAUUUCACCUCAACCAACAGGUACUUUUUUUCAUAGGGAAGUGAACUCAAACGGUUACAUGUACUCAACAAUACCUUUUAAUUUGAAUGUUUGGUGUUUUUUUAUUGUUUAAUUUCUUCAUGUGAUGUGUACUUUGUGAAUUGAGGCAUGCUCGGAACAAAACGUGUUUAUAAGGGAGAGGAAAACAAAAGUUGUCCAAAUUUUAUUUUUUUAAAUCCUCAUCCUCAUCAGAUCAUUUCAGAAUUGCUGGCGGUUAAGUACCACCUUAAAAGGCGUGCAUCGAAAGGAACAGAAGCUAUAAUUUCUCCUGUACAAUAUGUCUUCGUUUGUAUACAAAUUGAUGUUUUAAUUAGAUGUUAUACCCAGUGUAGUUGUAUACAGUAGGUAGCAUAUACAGAUGGGUGCGCGUUUAAGACAUUAGCCCUAUGUACAUGGUUUGUUAUAAAGGCACAAAUGCACUGGAAAGGUUUGCGUUAAUACACUUAUGAGGACAAUUUCUUUUUUCCCUCUGCUCCUGUGACCACUGCCCUAGUUUGAGCUACGUUUGAUAGGAUGAUUAAUGUUAACAGGCAAAACAUAGUUUUACCACAGCUACAAACUGCCUUCUUGCCGUAAACGAUAAGUUAAGGGAAUGUAAGUAGAGAGGAUUUUCAAAUCAACCAGCAAAAAUGGAAAGUAAUUCAUUAGCCGUCAGGUGUUGCUUCCAGUGCUUUUGUGCCUCAGUUGUUCAAACUUGAUAUAAUAGACACUUUAGUGAACGACUAGUGAGAGGAGUAAGACAUAGACUUUUUCUAGUGACUAUUACUUCACCAUAGUAAAACCAUUCCAGGUGUACUCGAGUACCAGCCAAACUCAGACCUCAGUGUGUAGAGUAGCAGUCCCUAACUUCACCCCCUUGUGCGUUCACUGUACAAAUACUAAAUGGGACGACUCAUUCCUCGCAAGUAGUGUGUGUUGUCUGCGGAUAAACAUGGACGAAUCCAGAAACCUAAUAACUAAUUGUGAUUCGAUUCCAAUGCAAAUUGAUCAAUUCGCUAUGCGUGAACUGACUGCAGCAGUGAAAGAUGCAAGUACUUACUAAUUGAGACCGUAAAAAAAAAAGAUUAAUUUUGUAUUUGAAGUUAGCCUUGCCAACGUUUACAUAUCUGACUGCCUCUGCCCAUCAGCAGACUGUUAAGCGAUGAAAACACUCCAACGUUAACAAAUGUAGCCAGCUGUACCCGCCACCCCCCACCACCACUCAUAAGUUACCCGGCUGGCCCGUGUGUAUCAGCGUGUGUACGUUUCGUGAACCCUCAUUGCCUGAAAUGCUCGUCUUUGAUGUAGGGUCCAGGUGUUAGAAUGUGGAGUAAUAAGUAUAUACCAGUGCCUUCUAGAGUCUGACUGACUGGGGAGGGAGUAGGUAGGGGGUUCAGCAGAGGUGAUGGGAGGGUGGCAGGCAUGCAUGGGGUGUAGUGUGGAGUUUAUGGACGCCGCCAGAGUCCAAGUCUUCAGCAUGAAGGGAGUAAUCUUGGAUCUAGGUACCAGUACUUUAAACAAAGACUGUCAUGUAUUAGAGCAGACAAUGCCACACAAAGCCUUAGUAACAAGUCUGACUCCAACCCAGCCCACCAUCCCCAUCCAAUUCCUGCCUCCCCUCCUGAAGCGUCGCCAUAGUAACAAACCCAGAGAUUUCCGGAUGCUGAUUCCUGCCAUGUGAGGAAGCCGGAGAGAGAGGGAGCCCUUUGUUACUAUGCCCGUGUCUAUCUCUCUCUCUCUUGCUCUCUCACACAUCAUACUCAGAGUGGAAAUUUCUAUUUUCAUUGUUGUUUCUGAUACAUUUUAUUUAUUCCUCUUUUGUAUUUGAGUUUGUGUUUAACGUUUCCUGCUUUUGUAGCAUUAGACAAACAUUCUGUUUCAUUCCUUUAAUGUUUUUUUAAAAAAGUUAUUUUAAAACGUACAACGGCCUAAACACACAUUCCAUUUAAUCUUACUUGGCCUCAUGCACACUUUCCUCCACUUGUGCACACCACCACACACCUUCACACACACACCUCUGCCCUUUCUGAAUACCUUCAUAUAUUUACUAUGUCCUAAUGGCAACCAUAUCUUCUCAAGAGGGUAUGGUGCCACAACAUGGAAUAAAAACGAAUGAAAACCA